GUGAGGGUGUUUGGUGUCCCAAUGGAUACAUGGAACUUUUUCUCUACUUGCCUGGUGUCCUUAUGGCUGCACAGGUUCUACAUCUAUUCUGCUGUUGCUUUUGGGAUCAGUGUUUGGAUUAUUGUUCAGUUCUUCAUCACCAAGACCAAGAAGAAAUUUGCCAGAAGUCUGGCUGAAGCAGUUGCUUCCCAGGUGCCUGUGGAAGUCAUUAGCCUGGGAGACUACGAUCCAGAUGAUUGUUUAGUAGAGGAGACAACCAGCAGGAACAUCUGUGUGUUCCUGGUAGCCACAUACACAGCUGGGCAGCCACCAGACAGUGCAGUGUGGUUCUGCAGGUGGUUGGAGGAGGCAGUGAACGACUUUCGGCUUGGGAAGACUUACCUGCAGGGCCUGAGAUAUGCUGUGUUUGGCUUGGGAAACUCAGCUUAUGCUGAUCAUUACAACACAGUUGGCAGGAACAUUGACAGGUGGCUGUGGAUGCUCAGUGCCAGCCGUGUCCUGACUCGUGCUGAAGGGGACUGCAAUGUGGCCCAGAGCAAGCAUGGCAGCAUUGAAGCUGACUUUGAAGCCUGGAAAAGCAAGUUCCUGCAGCUUCAGGCCCUCUGCAGAGGGGAAAAGAAGAUGUGCAGUGGGAAGUGCAAGAAAGGGAAAUGCAAAUCUGGAGGGAAGCAGAACAAGGAGAGCUCAGCUGAUGAACACGGGGCAUUGGAAUAUGAGAAUACUGAGGCAGAAGAGUUGUUUGAAAGCAGUAGUGAGGAGGAGGCUGAUGCUCUGGAAGCUGGAGGUUCAAGUUCUGUCAUUGAUGUGGAAGAUCUUGGCAAUAUCAUGAGCCACAUGAAGAAAGAAAAGAGAGAACAUGAGCUGCAGGAUGGUGAUGUUGGAAUGAGUUUGACCCGAGAGAACACUGGGAGGAAGGAGCAAGGUGGAAAGAGAGAGAUGAUCACCCCUGCUCUGAGAGAAGCACUUACAAAACAAGUCAAUGCUCCGAGGCCGGGGAGGCUGCUACAAGCACAGCUUCUAUGGGAUGAGAGUCACCGCUGCAUGGAGGCCACGCCGAGCCUGGCCUGUGCCAACAAGUGUGUCUUCUGCUGGAGACAUCAUACAAACCCAGUGGGCACAGAAUGGCAAUGGAAGAUGGACCAGCCUGAAAUGAUCUUGAAGGAGGCUAUUGAGAACCAUCAGAAUAUGAUCAAGCAGUUCAGAGGUGUGUCAGGGGUGAGAGCAGACCGCUUGGAAGCAGCAAUGACAGCCAAGCACUGCGCGCUCUCGCUGGUGGGAGAGCCCAUCAUGUACCCACAGAUCAAUCACUUUGUGAAGCUCCUGCACCAGCGUGGCAUCUCCAGCUUCCUGGUUACAAAUGCACAGUUCCCAGAUGAGAUUCGGAACCUUGAGCCAGUAACACAGCUGUAUGUCAGUGUGGAUGCCAGCACCAAAGACAGCCUGAAGAGAAUCGACCGACCCCUCUUCAAGGAUUUCUGGCAGAGGUUUCUGGACAGUUUAAAGGCCUUGUCUGAAAAGCACCAGCGCACUGUCUACAGACUGACACUGGUGAAGGCUUGGAACGUGGAUGAACUCAGAGCCUAUGCUGACCUGAUAUCCCUUGGUAAACCUGACUUCAUCGAGGUCAAGGGUGUCACCUACUGCGGUGAAAGCUCAGCCAGCAACCUCACCAUGGCCAAUGUCCCCUGGCACCAGGAGGUGGUACACUUUGUCCAGGACUUGGCCAACCUCAUCCCUGACUACGAAAUCGCGUGCGAGCACGAACACUCCAACUGUCUCCUGAUAGCUCACAAGAAGUUCAAGAGGGAUGGGGAAUGGUUCACCUGGAUCAACUACGACCGCUUCCAGGAGCUGGUGAGAGAGCAGGAGGGGAGUGGUGGCUCCAAGACCUUCACAGCACUGGAUUACACAGCCAGGACUCCUUCCUGGGCACUCUUUGGGUCCAGGGAAAGGGGAUUUGAUCCCUUGGAAAUCAGAUACCAGCGGAAGAACAAAGUGAGAGACAUCUCUGGGUGCUGAGGUUAGGUUGGGGCCCGGCCAACUCCUUGCUGGCUGUUGAGAUUUUGAUCUCCACUUCCAGGCUGACACCAAGUGUGAAUCUUUUCACCAGGAUUCCUGGGACAAUUGGUAUCAAAGAGAAGGGUAAAGCCUUUAUUUAACCCUUCACUCCUGAUU